CUCACAAGCUUUACGGGCAGUUUUCCUACCACCUCCAUUACGAGCGAAACCAAACCAAUCCUCGUUCGUCGGUUUCUUCAUUUUCUUGGACUUUCUACACACGUCGUAAAAAGAAUCGUAAGUGUCGUAAUUUCUGGUAUUGGUCCACAACACUUGACUGAAAUCCCCGAAAAGGAUCACGAAGGCUCACGGUGCAGGUGCUCAUCCAUAUGGCCGGUCCUUAUCUCUCACCCUUAGGGCCUCAGGCCGAUCUACUUACCGAAUAUAUGUUCGGUCGUCGUCGUCAGGUCAGUAGGCGUAAUCGGACAACAUUUACGCCGCAGCAAUUGCAAGAAUUGGAAUCCCUAUUCCAAAAGACUCAUUAUCCAGACGUAUUCCUAAGGGAAGAAGUUGCUCUUCGAAUUUCACUCUCGGAGGCACGCGUUCAGGUAUGGUUUCAAAAUAGGCGAGCAAAAUGGCGAAAACAGGCUCGUCUCCAAUUACUACAAGAUGCAUGGAGGAUGCGUUGUUUAGGAUUAGGUAGUGCCACACCACUUCUUUUGAGACCACCGCCGGCAACAGGAAUGGAAAGAUCAGAUGCUUCGUCACCACCACCGCCGUCGGCCUUAUCUGAACCCUCUCUUUCUUCUUCUUCUUCCUCUUCUUCUGCUGAGAAAUUGGUCGAAACCGGUGCGGCCGCGGCCGCAGCCGCAGCCGCCGCUACCGUACCAAUUUGCAGAGACUAUCGUUUACUUUCUGCUGCUCAUGGUUAUUCCAUGCAUUGUGACAAAUCGAACGAUAAAGUCAAAUGCGGAUGUGGAUCUCCACCACGGAUUUGCAGUAGUUCUCCGGAAAAGGAUAUAGAACAGAGUAUUAGAGAGAGACCUCAAGAGGCUGAGAUUGAUUUAACGAUGAAAGGCCCUCAUACCUCGAGGCACGUUCAAAUAACAACGACGCCGUUUAACAUGAUAAGCACAUCGCAGCAAACUUUGAGACAUACCGAACAUGUGGAUGAGCCGUUGGACGCGAGACUUAGUAGUAAUAGAAAUAAUUAAGAUAAUCGUACCUAAUGAUAUUCAUAUUUAUGUACGCGAGACACACAGACUUUUCGCGUAACAAUAACAAACAUUUACAAUAUCAUCAGCGUAACUUUGAGGACGUAGACAUUUCCGCAAAAAAUACUUGAAAUUAAUACGAUUGUUGUUCGAUUGAACAUUCAUAUUCAAAUGAUCGAUCAUAAAGCAAUAUAUGCAUGUCUAUGUAUAUUAUUAUUUCAUUGUUUAUGAGCACACUUUUCAAGAUAAGUUCCCAUUAUAAAUUAAAAUACCAAAACGUAUAAACAAAGUGUGAUAGCUCAUACCUCGAAAUAUGGGAAACCCGAAACUUGUUAUUUUUCUCUUAUUCAUAACACUAUGUGUAGUUUCAAAAGAUGUAACAUUAGAAAAGCUGUAUGAAAGCUUCUUCUUCAAUUUUAUACUAUCGCUCGAAUAUUUAAAAAGAGAUAAUACAUGUAUUUCUACUCUGUUUAUUCAUGUUCACAAAUUUGAUGUGACUUUUGAAUACUAUUAAAUCUUUAUGAUAGUUUCUUGGAUGUGCUUCAAUAGAAAAGGCAAGAUCCUUGCAUUUAGUAUCAGGAAUACUUUACAAAUUUUGAUCAAUAAUAGAGCAUUGACAUAAUUUAUACAAACAAAAUAAAAUUUUUUAAAUGCAUAAAAAUUGGUACAAGUACCUGAAUCGAGUAAUAUUCGUUGGAAGAUCCCUAUACCAAAAUAUUAACGCAUUUUAAUGACAUUUUCUAAAUAGACUUUGAUAUUUGUGAGAUGUAUCUUGGUUUUUGUGAAUACAAUAGAUACAACAGAAUUUUUAACAUUACAAGCCAUAGUCAUGUACACAUUCAUUUUCUCUCAUUAUUAUAGUUUAUUACGAUUUUUCAAAAAUCUCUAAUAAAAUUCGAAUGAUAAUGUAAUGUAAAUUUAUUAAGAUAAAUAUUUUAUAUUAUAUAAUAUAGUACUAAAUAGUAUAUUUAUAAGAUAUGCUAUUAAUAAUUAAUAUUAUAUAUAGUAUUGAAUAGCUUAAAGUAUUGAACCACUUAAAAUUAUAGGCAAGAAUAUUUUGGUUGAUGAUGAAACUUUUGAUGAUAAUAAUAAAUUUUUGGAGAAUAUAAUUGAUUUGAAAGAGUUGAUAUAGAAAGAAAGAAAUCUUUUGAAAAUCAUUUUUUCCAAAGUAUAAAAGUCAUUGAUAUUACUUUAAAUGAAACUUGAUUUUACCGACAUAAAUACUAUAAAGUACAUUUGUGCUAUUGUGAUGAACGUGAAAAGAAACUUUAUCUUUCAAAUUUUAUAAAUGUUACAAACCUAUUUACUGUAUUACUUGUUAUAAAUAUUCAAUGGUUAUCAAUUUUAUGUUGUAAUUGUAUUUGUUAUUUAUCAAGAAUUCAAAUUGAUAUUCUAUUUCAGCUAAAAAGGCUAAAAGCUUUUUUUAUCUAAUUAUAAUGUAAUGUGUGUU